GGUCUGGCCCUUUUCUGUUUUGGAUUUAGUAAGGAAGUUAAUUUAUACGGUUUGGUUCGAUUUCUUUCGAAUUUAGUGUGUAAAAUUGAUUGGUUAAUGAUCAUACGAAGAAGAAAAAAACGGUUGAAACGCAGACGCAGAGGCUUCAUGACUCAUGGCUUUUGUGAAGGUGAAGUAUCAUUAUCAUCUACCUAACUGAUCAUCGGACUAAAGUGAAAUGAAGUCAGCAAUUUCAUCGUCACUCUUCUUCAAUUCCAAGAAUCUUUUAAACCCUAAUCCCCUUUCUCGCUUCAUCUCUCUCAAAUCUAACUUCCUCCCUAAACUAUCUCCGAGAUCCAUCACUAAAUCUCCAUCUUCGUCAACCUCAGCUUUAAGAUCCAUCUCCUCCUCAAUGGCUUCCUCUUUCCAACCCGAACAAGCUAGAGUUCCAUCUGCUCUUCCUCUCCCAGCUCCUCCGUUGACUAAAUUCAACAUCGGAUUGUGUCAGCUAUCUGUGACGUCUGACAAAAAGAGAAACAUCUCUCACGCUAAAAAGGCCAUUGAAGAAGCUGCUUCCAAAGGAGCUAAGCUUGUUCUCUUACCCGAGAUUUGGAACAGUCCGUAUUCCAAUGAUAGUUUUCCAGUUUAUGCGGAGGACAUUGAUGCAGGUGGUGAUGCUUCUCCUUCAACGGCAAUGCUUUCUGAAGUUUCUAAACGUCUCAGGAUUACAAUCAUUGGUGGCUCUAUACCAGAAAGAGUUGGUGAUCGUUUGUAUAACACUUGCUGCGUCUUUGGUUCCGAUGGAGAGCUCAAAGCUAAGCAUCGGAAGAUACAUUUAUUUGAUAUAGACAUUCCCGGGAAGAUUACUUUUAUGGAAUCCAAAACUCUUACUGCUGGAGAGACACCAACAAUCGUUGACACAGAUGUAGGGCGUAUUGGAAUAGGCAUCUGUUAUGAUAUCAGGUUCCAGGAGUUAGCUAUGAUAUAUGCUGCAAGAGGGGCUCAUUUGCUGUGCUACCCGGGAGCCUUUAACAUGACAACUGGACCAUUGCAUUGGGAAUUACUACAAAGGGCCAGGGCUACGGAUAAUCAGUUGUAUGUGGCGACAUGCUCACCUGCCAGAGGUUCAGGAGCUGGCUACACUGCUUGGGGGCACUCAACACUCGUCGGGCCUUUUGGAGAAGUACUAGCGACAACUGAGCAUGAGGAGGACAUAAUCAUAGCAGAAAUUGAUUACUCUGUCCUUGAACAACGAAGGACAAGCCUUCCAUUGAAUAAGCAGCGGCGGGGAGAUCUUUACCAGCUUGUAGACGUACAGCGCUUGAAUUCUAAAUGAACGGAGGAGGAGUAACUGUACAUCUGUAUUCUCUAUUUCUGAGAGAUUGUCUUUAGAUUGUGUGAGCUGAGCACGAUUUGGUUACUUACAACUUCAUGAUCAGUUAUUUCCCCACAACUUUGCUAAGAUACAAGAAUAAAACUAUCUUUGAGAUAAAAUCGAACAAAACAAGUUAAUUCUGCUUAAGAUAAUGUGAA